AGUUGCAAAUCAGCCUAUCGCAAACUUGCAACCGUCACCGCGCCACAGGGUUCCUACUCUCACCCCCUCGCUUUAUCUCCUUCAUAUUCGAUCUACUUUUUAACGAAUCAACAUGGAUUUUGAUUUAGAUGAUUUACUCUCAAGUGAUGCUGCAAAUAAUGCAAAAGCUGGUGCAAAGUUUCAACCCAAAGCUAAGCCAAAACCCAAACCCAAACCAAAACCUAAAACCCAACCAGAUGCAAAUUCUGGACCAACUCCUUCAAAACAGUUUGCCGAGGCUGUUUCUAAUGCAGCUGAUGUGUUUCUAAGCAGGACCGAAGAGGAACUGCCUGGAAAUGAUGUCAACCAAAUUUCUGCAAAUAUCCAUGAUAAUCCGCAGUCUUCUUCUAAAAAGUCACAGGAAGAGGAUUGCACACAGAAUGCUGAAUCAUCUGUUACAGCGGAAUCACUCAAUAACUUACUUCCUGUAUCUGCAACGGAAACAGUGACUUCGCCGCCAUCCGUAGAGACACCAACUGAACAUGUGCACAUAGAUGGGAAUCUAGAAAGGGGACCUCCGGAUCCUAAUUUGAUCAAUAAUAUCGAUACUUGCACAAACUUAGAUAGUUUUACUCAGCUAGAUCCUUUAACAGAAGGAGAAGCUAUAAUUUAUAAUGACAAUGUAGACUUCCAGAUAAGAAAUUUUCCAUCAGGAUCAAAGGAUACAGAAAAUUGGGAAUCUUUUGACAUUUUGUCUCCGUCAAAAACAUGCUCAGGGCCAAAGGUUUGCAAAUUCAAACCAAAGCCGAAAGCACAAACUCGUAGAGUGCAACAGACUGCUGACCUUCCUGUUCUGGAUUCAGUACCUGUUCAAUAUGAGGAAAAUAAUCAUUCAGUUCCUUCUCAAAAUAACUUUAUGGAGAAUGAGGUUUUUCCUUCAUUUACACAAGAUGAAAGUCCUGGUUUGUCAUCUAUCAGAGUCACUGAUUCAGUUCCAACAGAGACAAUUUCUGAUAUCCAUGUGAAUGAAGAUCCAAUAGAUCUGGUAGAAAAUUCACAAGUGGAUUCUGAGCAUCAGUCAGGUGUAUCUUCAGAAAGAUUAAAGGUCCCAAAUAAAAGACUACAACUUAUAGACGAGUCUGAUGAUGAAGGUAUCAAUGAUGUACAUAGAAAUGAAGACAAUAAUAAUGUUGGUAAUCAUGGACCGGAAAAUGAAAUUAAAAGUGGGAGAAAGGGGAGAAAGUCAAAGAAACCUGUUAGUAACAAGGAAAAACCUGUUAGAAAGCGUAAAAAGGUCUCUGAGGUACCAGGUGAAUCGACCAAAGCACCCAAAAAGAAAUUCUCUCAUAGCACCCGACGAAAUAAAAGACAAGUUGACCCAAAAUAUCUUAUAAUGCCCGAGGAGGAGCUAGAGUUGCAAAUGCAUGAUGUGCCUAUGAAGGAGUUAAUCAGGCUUGCGGAACAUAGGGAGCGGAUCGCGAAAAAGGAAGCAUCCACAUCAGCAACACAUGUAUCAAAUCAAAGUUCAAGUUUUUCCAACCAGAAGAAUGAAGGUGAGGCAAUUGCACAGGGUAAACAUGAUGACGAUGAACCAGAGGCGGAAAAUGCCACCUUUUAUAAUUAUCGAACCUACACAAAAAUAACACCAAGAAUGAAAUGGUCAAAACAAGAUACAGAACUCUUCUUUGAGGCUGUUCAGCAAUUUGGGACAGAUCUGUCAAUGAUAAAAGAAUUCUUCCCUGGGCGGACUCGUGAACAGAUAAAAUCGAAGUACAAAAAAGAAGAGCGACAGCAUCCUUCGAGGCUUAAUGAUGCUAUAACCACUCGCGCUAAAGGUCAUUCUCAUUUUGAAGUUGUAAUCGAGAGGCUAAAACAAGCCCAGGCAGAAAAUUCUGAGAAUGAUGACCCAAUCGAUCUAAUGGGAGAGGAUGAGGAGGGAUUGCCUACACAUGACAACAAUGAGGAAGCUGCGGAUGCAACAAAACCUGUUCAAUCAGAAAAAGAAUUUAGCCAAGAUACUCCUGCAGCUGCUGCAGGGAGUCCAACCAAGUCUCAAGAUAGUGAAGAUGACAUGUUUAGAUGGGAUCAAUAUAAAAGUGAUAUAUAAAUAAUAAUUUUUUUAAAAAUAAAUCUAUUAAUUAAAGGCUCUUUUAGGUUGACUUGCUCUAAAUUUUGUUUUCCGCUUUCUUAUAGUAUAUAAUAUAUAGUAUAAUAUAAUGUAAUGUAACCAUCAUAUAUUAAUUUUUUCCAUUGGGUUGACCAAAUAUUUACUUUUGGUCCUCAAUUUAUUGGAUAACAAAUCAUGUAGCAUCAUUCAUUCAUUCAUGUAAGUUUAUAGAAAGACUAAAAGCUGUACUUCCGUACCAUGUGAAUUGUACUUCGAUUCUUAUGUACUUUUUUUAUCUCUUAAGAAAAAAAUUUUGUUUUUUUGUUAA